AUGGAUCCCCGUACCAGUGCCCAGGACGUGAUACGAUGUGACCUGUGUAAGACCGCUGUGGUAGAGAUGCACUGCAAUACAUGUCUUGUCAACCUGUGUAAGGCCUGUAUGGGAGUACAUUUUUCAGCUGAUCUCUCAAAACCUCACAAAAUUGUCGACUUCAAGGGCAGAAAAUCAGGUCCCCUCUAUCCUAAGUGUAAAUCACAUAACAAAGAACCGUGUGUAAUGUAUUGUAAACAAUGUGACAUUCCUGUCUGCAUCAAUUCCCUUGAUUCUUAUCAACAUUUAGGUCAUGAGGUAUCUAAAAUCUUGCAAGUUGAAUAUGAAGAUGAAUAUGGCUUUAGCAUGGAGACAACACAGAAAUCACAAGAAGCUGGAUCCUCUCCUCCAGUCAAACAACUGCUUGAUCAACCAGAAACUGUCACCACCAUAAACACUGGGUAUAAUUACCUUUACUAUGUGGCCUGUCUGAGUGAUGAAGAAAUCUGGACAAGUGGACUUGACAAGACCAUGAAACUGACAGCAUCAAUCAGAGAUCACUAUUCAAGUCAAUCACAACCAAGUCAGGGAACACACCAUCUGACAUAA